AAAGUACUUGAUCACGUGACCAAGGAGAGGCGUGCCGUGCCGCGUGGGGUUGUGGGAACAGUUUGAUGACGUAGGCUGUUGAAGUUGGAGAAUAAUAACGCUCUUCUGGAUAUCUUAUUUGCGGGUGUCUGGCUUUGGCUUGGAGUAACAGAACGCAGGCUUAGAGAGAAGGACUGCCCUCACAAGAUGGGGGCUGUAGUGUCUCGGUGGAGGGCGAAGCCGACCACUGUAGAGGUUUUGGAGGGUCUUGAUAAGGAUAUCCAGGCCCUUGAGGAAUACAGAGAGAAGAACCAGAAGCAGCUGAAGUUAUGGGUUUACAGGCUGCUGUUGUACUCGGUCCUCUUGUACCUGAUAGCCUGUACGGUUGUCUACGCGUGGUACAUCCCAGAGCAGAUGAUGGGAAAAUUAAUUGUGGCAUCACCAUUCUUGAUAUUUCCUCUGUUAGUUUGGCUGAUGAGGAAACUGCUGAUUAUUUUAUACAACAAACGAACGGAGAGAAACAAUGAAAAAUUAGAGGAGCUGAAAGCAGAGAAAAAGAAAAUACUUGAACGGGUGAUGGAAACUGAAACCUACAAAAAUGCCAAGCUGAUUCUGGAACGGUUUGAUCCAGACUCUAAGAAAAAGCUUGAGUUAGAGGCUCAACCCAGUGGCCCGCCUGCGACUCCAAGACAAGGCCAAGAGCUGCGUCAGCGGCAUGUGACCCCUCGUCCUGCUGGACGUCCACCUCCUGUUCCUUCCCCUGCAGUUCCCCCUACUCCAUUGUCUGCCCCGGGAGGGCCACCUGAAAAAGGUCUGCUUAGUACCUCAACCCCACAUGGUCUGAUCAGGAGGCCUGGAACCCCGGCUGGCACACCCGGACCAGCGAUGGGAAUGCACCCUCCAGGUCCUCCGCUGGCCAGACCCGUCCUCCCCAGAGAGCGAGGUGCCAUGGACAGGGUCAUUGAGUACCUAGUGGGUGAUGGACCUCAGAACAGAUAUGCUCUGAUAUGCCAGCAGUGUUUGUCUCACAAUGGCAUGGCUUUGAAGGAGGAGUUUGAAUAUAUUGCAUUCAGAUGUGCCUACUGUUAUUUCCUGAACCCGGCCCGGAAGACACGUCCCCAGGCCCCGCGUCUCCCAGAAUUCACUGCAGAAACCAAGACGAGCCAAGACCCCCCUGCUGUUGCCAUGGAGACAGACCUGUCUAGCUCUCCACCUGCCCCAGAGGGUAAAGCAGCCAGUCCAGGGCAUGUAAAAGGAGAACCUGGAGAGCAGCAAACAGAAGAGAGCCUCUUAGAAGAGAAGAAGCCAGAAGAUCCAGAUCUCCACACCAGCCUCCCUGACAAAUCAGAUGACGAGCACAACGUGUCCGCCAUGGAAGUGGAAUAAAGUGAGAGAGAAUUUGCCAAUAUGAACCUGUCUGUUCAUCUUGUGUGGUUUGAUUUUUCCUAUUCUUUACCUUUAGUUUGUUUCCUUUUAAUUUGUACACAUUAUAAUUGCAGUGUUAUUUCAUAGAUUAGUAAAGUAAAGUUAAGUAGAAAGGAAUUAGUGGUCAGUGGGAUUUUUGUGAGGGUUUUUUUUUCUACCUGUUAGAGCUGUGAAUCUGCAAUAAUUAGUUACAUUAUUGGGUUAAAUAGUCAUGUGUUUGUUUACAAUAGAAUCUGUAUGUAAAAGCUAAACUUUUUAAGUUUCAGCAAAUAACUCUUUUGUUAUAUUAUUAGUUGGCAAGAAAAGCAGCUAUUUAUGUUCAUUUCAUGCUCCAUGUAAGCACUGUUUUGUGACAGAAUGUAUUUAAUAUUAUUAUUUACAAUAUGGAAUAAUGCAAAAAUGUCCUGGUCAAAAGUAUAUUUAUGAUAUUUAUAGUUAUUAAUAUCCUCUCAGUGCCUGAUAUUGAAGUGUAGCAUACAUUAGGUGCUGUGCAACGAGAGAUUCGUCCCAUGUUUACAUGUCUGUUCAGGAACCGCCAUAGGAAUGUCUGGCUAUUUAUUACAGCGUAAAAACAGCCCUUCAGUGUUCUCAGCCUUAUGUGCCUUUAUGUUGACUUGCUUCAAGAUGGAAGAAAACCAGAUGAAUUGUCUAAUGGUUAUUAAGCAUAGCAUAAUGUGUGAAAAUGCAGUGCUGUUUUUAUUUUGUCUACAAGGUAAAAUAUGAGAAAUAAAGUUUUUAAAACAGUA